AUGGGACGCCAAUGUUGUGGGAAUUACAAAGGGAUUAAGUUGCUAGGACACAUUAUGAAAUCAUGGGAGAGAAUAAUUGAGAUGAGAAUUCGAAGAGAAACUCAAGUCACCGUAAACCAAUUUGGUUUCAUGCCAGGGCGCUUGACUACGGAAGCAAUACAUAUUCUAAGGAGAUUGAUGAAGAAAUAUAGGGAGAAAAAACGGGACCUACACAUGGUGUUCAUUGAUCUUGAAAAGGCCUAUGGCAGUGUGCCACGUAGACUGAUUUGGGAUAGUUUGGAGAGUAGAGGGGUUUCUGGGAAGUAUAUAGACUUAAUUAGGGAUAUGUAUGUUAGGACUGAGACUAGUGUCCUAGCGCCUGUAGGGGAUACUGAUUCUUUCCCGGUGGAGGAGGCUCUUCCGUGGUGCCUGCUUUUUGCAGAUGAUAUUGUGUUAGUUGUUGAUAGUAAACAAAGCCUGAAUGCAAGGUUAGAAGAGUGGCGAGCAACUUUAGAGGACAGAGGUUUAAGGAUUAGUCGAUCUAAGACUGAGUACUUGUAUUGUGACUUUAGUGGAGUAGACAACGAUGAGGACAUUCAGGUCACCAUUGACGGUCAAGUGGUUCCGUAG